AUGCCUGUCUUCCGAAAAGGCGAAGUGAUCCUCUUCUCGAGACCUUAUGCCUUCGCUCUGUACGAGUCAUUUGUUGAUUCAACUUGCUCGUUCUGUUUCCGAACUCAAGGAGAUGGUCACGAUUUCGCACCGAUCGAAUGCCACUCCUGUAAGGUAUACAAAUACUGCUCCGACGAAUGUCUGCGCCUCGAUCAAAUGGACCACUGGCUAGAGUGCCAAGUGGCAAAGAGGAAGUUGCGGGAGUUCCCUUCGAUCGAGGCCCGAAUGAUCUACAGGGCUUGCUUGCGAUACAUGCGCGAAAAGCAAACGCAACAGGAGAGCGCCGAGUAUAUCUUCGGUCACAAACGUUCUAUUCACGCUUACCUGGACCAUGUCGAUAAAAUCUCCACGGAGCGUCGAGAGGCCUUCUACGAGAUCGUGGACGAUGCGCUGGAUCUGGUAUCGAGCAUCUAUGCGCCAGACCGGGAACUUAUGUUCUUAAUGCUGAACAGGAUCGCCAUCAACAGCCACGAUGUCAUCUGCCCUAAGAACUGGAGCAUGGGAAGAGCAAUAUACAUGGCGGGUUCGAAGGUCAACCAUUCAUGCGAAAUCCACGAUCGCUUCGUGCAACAGUUUUUCGGCAGGAAUUACGCGAUAAUGGCAUUGAAAACCGUCGAGAUAAACUCCGUGGACGAUCUCAGCGUGCCUUACCUGCCCCUCAUGAUGGACGUCCACGCCCGUCAGAAGCAUCUGAAAGACAAUUACUACUUCGACUGCAAAUGCUCCCGUUGCCUGUACGAGCUGGAGCACCCGACGGAGAAUCUCUGUCCUCCUGAUUACAUUCCUCAGCUGGUAGACGCGCUCGAAGAAGACGAGCAGGAAAUUGAGUUCAACGCCGACUAUUUCACCCUGUGCAAGAAUCAUCUUGGGAAUUUGUCUUCGGUGGCCGACUACGACUACUACAAACACCGGCUCCUCUACAAUGCGAUGUAUGUCUCUUUCGCCCUGAAUCGGUGCCCGGAAGGUAUCUACUUUGGGUUGCGAGCCCUGAGAGCUGCUCUUUCCCCAAUGGAUUGCGAGCACAUUCUGGUUGGACUCUUCAACGGAAUGAUGUCUGCGGGUUGGAGCAAACCGCUGCACCCGAAGUUUGCCGAUUUCGUUUCCGUACUCAGAAUCGGCUCUGACUAUUUCACCACGGUUCGCGGCCCUGGCAAUUCCAUCGCUCGAGAUAUGCUCAAGCAGUGGUUCAAAGUGCAGUAUCACAUCGACGCACUGAAAGGUGAGAAAAUCGAAGUAUCGAUGCCGGCAGCCCUGAAGCGAGUCGGUGCGGCCUGA